AUGGUGGCACUGGGACAUAUUCACAGUGGCAGAGAAGCCCCUCUGAGGAGCGAACCCGGUCGUAGGGAGCGAAACAGAGGUUGGAGGGAGGGCGACGAGGGAAGAGACGAAGGAGAAGGCUCCGCACCGAGAGGUCCACGUAGUGGAAUCCCCUUGUGGUCGUCUCAGUGUUGCCGCUUGCAUUCCCUGUUGCUGUCUACUUGGUCGAUGGUAUCAAAGACGAUUGCAGAAAGGAUAUUGAGGUCUCUUCACAAUCCUGUCUUGUACUGCUACAGGCAAUUGCUCUGUCCUGUUGGGAGGUCAACAAAGAUCCCAAUUCUUAGAAAUGCUAAGCAAGGAAAAUAACCUUCCUUCUUGGUGUCCAGCUCCGUGAUGGCAGCACAAAUGCAGAAUGAAGCAUUUGAAACAGGUGCUGCAGCUCCUUUUCCUGUUUCUUUACUGCAUGUGAGUUCUUUUAUUAAUGCUUGGGUUUUCCUUUGCUAGUUCCAAACUUCACAUUUCAUUCUUGUAUCAAACUUAUACCACUGGUGGGAAUAUUGAUAUGGAUAUAGAUGGCAAUUUUAGCCUAUAUAUCAUAUUAGAUGGAAAAAUGAUGAGGGCAACUCAAGAAUAAUUACUAGCAUUAGCAUGAGUUUAUUUACAUGCCUAGAGAAUUUGAUUAUGCUUGUGAACAUUUCUUCUUGUUCUAAGUGGGACUUAAUGUGAAUUUACUCCAAACCCACAUUUCCUUUAUUAAACCAUUCCACAGUUCAAGGACUAUAUAGAUUUUGGUAAGGCAUUUACUUAUGUUGAUUUAAUGUGCUUUGCAUAUCUCAUUUGCAUAACUUCUCUCAACAAACUGUCAUUUAUCAUCAUUCUCCAGUUUGGAACGCAACUACAUAUAUCUGAUAAAAGUGAAUGCAAUAUUUAUGAAGUAAGAAACCCUAGAAAUUCACUAGGUUACUUUAGUUCUGCUAGGAUUGUUAAAAUAUCUGGUUUUGUUAGAAGAGGAGAAAUAUGCUGCUAAAUGAUAGUUUUGGUUCUUAACUGUUGUAUUCAUACAGUUUAAAUUGUAAGAUUAUUAAAAAGAAUGAAAUGGUCUCCCGUAAUUGGUGUGGUUGCACGCAUCGGAAUGUAUUGUACUCAUGUUGAAUCCAAACUUUAGCAGCUAACGUUUAUAACCUUUUUCUUCAUACUGACAUUACAAUUUCAAGAAAAUAAUAUUUUAAAUGUAGAAGGCUAGUGGAAAUGUUAUUUUGUUGAUAAUGUGCAUGUUUUGGUUCCAUAUUGGUUUUACUAACAUUGCUCUUUUAUGGAUAGUAAUAUUAGCUGCAUGCUAGCAGCAGUAUAUAUUGUAAUAUUUGCUAGUUGCUACUAGUGCUUUAUUAGAUAUUGAUUUGAAUUGGUUAAAGAGCAUCUGGGAAGCAUGGACAUGGAAAUGGGGCAUGGAUAUUGUACAUAUGGGUACACCAAUAUGGUAAAUCUAGGAAAAAUAUGAUACAAGCAUACGUAUGUAUGUACAUACAUACAUACAUAUGUACAUACCUACAUAUGUACGUACAUACAUAUGUAUCUACAUAUCUAUGUGCCUACCUACAUAUGUGCAUGCAUGCAUACAUACAUUCAUACGUACGUAUAUUUUAAAGCAUAGUACAAGCUCAUCAUAUAGUCAUUAUUCAAAUCCAUAGAUCAUAAUCAUGCUUAAUAUUUUAACAUAAUAUCAUAGACUACAUAAUCGAUCCUCUUCAUUUUUGGAGAUAUUGAGGAAGUAGAAAGUAUUUAGAGUGUUUCAUUUGAUUUUGAAAAGUAGGAUACCUAAAACAAGUAUCAGACAUGUAUCUGAAAACUAUCUGAUGAUAAUUGAUGUAUGAUAUGUAUCUGAUAUAUGGCAUGUAAUUAGAAAUAUCCAAGCUUUCUAGAAAACCAUGCUUCUAGUAUUCAAAAUUUAUCUAUUUUCCGUAUAUUACAGUAUGAAUGUAGUUUAAUUCUAGCAUGUCUUAGCUUUGAAUUGUUCUCUCACUUUUUUUUCUUUCUCCAUGCCAAUGCAUGUAAAGUGUCGAUAUGGUACCAUUUGCAUAUUGUACCAAGCCCUGGUUAACAAACAUCCAUCCAACACGGGCAUAGUAAAGCAUAUUUUAGUCAUGUGCUUCAACGUCCCAAUAUCGAUGUACCUGAUCAUAUUGAAUGGUCAAUAAUUAACUCAAUGCUUUUAUGCUUAUUGGGGUAAACCGAUCGAUCCCCAUAAAUCGAUUGAUCUUCAGUGCAGAUCGAUCGACAUCCGACUCUGACUCCACAAACAGAUAUGAUCCUGAAAGCGACUACCGACCAAACAUCGAUCAAGCAGGCAGACAUUAUUUUCAACGGACCAAUCGAAUACACCUCACUGACUCAAGAUCGGCAAGCGAUUGAUGUUCGGACUCUACAGAUAGCGGACUACUUCGAUCAAUGGUAUUUCAGAGUUCGACUCCCGACGGUCAACUUCCGACGCAUAGUCGGUUGACUCAUUCGACAUAUCAUAACUGUCAUGGUCGAUUAUCCCUCAAAUAUCAUGGCGUAAUUCUUGAGAAUUAAUAACUCAUCAUGAGAUUACAGUCCAAUUAUUCUACACCAUAAAAUGCGGGACCAUAUCAGACGGUUACAACUAUCUUUUCUAUAAAAAGAGAUAAGGCAACAGCAUCGGUAAGUCAUUUUUGAGCUGAG